CCAACUUCGAUACUCUUUGUAUACGUGAAAAAUGAAAAAGGGCAAUCUCCCCCCUCUCUAUGUUUAACGCACGAUCGAGUGAAAUUAUCCUCUAAUCGUCAUGUACACGUUCAUUUGUUAGAGGCAUGGAACUCCUCACCAGCAGGUACGAUCGGAACGAAUCGCAUUCCUAAUGACAUUUGGAGGAUAAGUGAACGGCGAUUGCAGCAGUGAUCAUGACGUAUAACAUUGAAGGCUGACAUUGAAUAAUUAUCAGGACGUAAUAACAUUGUAUGUGUAUGUGUGUACGUGUAUGGUUUUUCUAGUAAAUAUAUAUUUCCCGAAGGAAAACUCGAAAAUUUGUAAUUUUAAUGAAAGUUUGCUUUAUUAGAAGGAAAAUAUUUCUCUAGAUAAAGAGACUUACAGCGAUGCAAUGUCUCCUUAAAGUUUGAAAAGCAAACGGAAAGGUUCCCUACACAUGUGCAACAUGCCAAAAUUAUCCAAAACACUGAAUCACAGCUUUGAAUUACGCAUUCUUAGAAAAUCUUCCCCUCCUCGCAUUUACAUACGUUCAUCGGAUGGUAUUUCUGGAUGAGAGUAGUCAGUAAAUGUGACGUAAAUAUUGUGGGAGUAUCCGAAAAUUCGGAUCUCAUUUCUCUUCUUUUCUCUCUCAUCCGUAGGCGUUGAAGACAUAUUUCGAGGGUGUGCCUAUUUAAGCUUCUCGCGUUUGUGCAGUUGAAUCAGUCGAAAUUCGUAUUCCUGAACCGUGUAUACCUUCUCUCUGGUCUAGUUCUUUAACGAGAGGAAAACAAAAGAAAUAUUUAAAGGUGUGUAUUCCUUUCUUGGCUGUUAAAUUCUUCACGUUCCCAAAAAACAAGUCACAAUAGUACUUGAUUUUAAAAAGCUUGUGCUGUAUGUAAUUAUUCUAUACAUCUUUCUUUUUUUCUUUUUAUUUUUUUUUAUUUUUUUAUAUUACUAUUAUCAGUGAAUCGGUCGAUGUUCUUACUUUUGUCCGACAAAAAAGAAAGAAAUGCGUAAAAACGCUUUAUAUAAAGUAGUAACCUAAAACGGUAAGAAUCCUAAGCUGCACUUAAGGACUAAUACCCGUCUACUACACGUUCUCUUAACCAUUCAAAAAUGUCGGGUAUCACUCUAAUCCGAUUAGCGUUGAAAACCCUUAGCCCUAGAAACGGUAUUAUGUCAUUUUAUGAUUUUUACUUCUUUACUCCAUUUUCACUACAUUUUGUAAUUCGGUUAUAUUCGAUAACCGAUCAUUGUCAACAAUAUUUGUUUGAACGCGUAUAAGAUGGUUAUCAACGCGCAACGUAAUCAUGAAAAAGACUAACGUUUUUUAAUUAAUAGUCGCCUUCUAUUACACGCGAGUUUUAUACGAUAUACACUUUCAUACUUCCUCACUUACUAAAUGCUAAAGAAGUUUCGCGCAUGAAUAUAUCGAGGAUAAUAGUUUCACUUUUCUCAUAAUGUCGAAAUGUUUAAUAGUAGUAGUAAUAGUAGUAGUGUAGUAGUAGUAGUAGUAAUAGUAGUAGUAGUAGUAAUAAUAAUAGUAGUAAUAGUAGUAUUUGGAGACUUAGCUGACUAACUUAUACUUUAAAGUACGAUCGUCGAAAAACAUGAUUUAACAAUUAUAUAUUUGUCAUCAUCGCAAGAUUACGUCAUACGACACGCGUUUUAAUGGAAACAGUGAUUUUCCUUUCUGUUUCUCUUCUAUUAAUCGUCUUAAAUCAUUUCUUAACAAGAUAAAUACUUUUACGUUCUUUAUAGGAUGUUAUCUUCUUUUGCAUGUUUGAAUUUAAUAUUUUGAUGGUAAAAAUUAGUAAAAAUUCUUAAUGUCAGAAUAUAGACGAUCGAGGAAUGGUAAUUAUUAUGAUUUUCGACCUGAUAUUCGAAAAAGUUCUUUGAUCUUCAUAUAUUUUUGGUAUACAUCUAUAACCGAGAUUUUAACCUGCGUAUACAUGGCUCAGAAUAUUUAUAUAAUUUCUGCCCCUUCUUUCACAUACGCUUCUCCUACUCUUAAAAACGAUUUUAUUUGUAUCGUUUUUCUUCUUUCAUUCCCUAAAUAUCUAGGUUUUUACUUUACGUAAUCUAAAGCGUAUUACAUUAUGCGUAUAAUUAAUUACAUUUCGUAUUAUAUUAUACGUAUAAUUCGAUGGAAAUGCAAUAACGUGUUCUUAUUUCUUUUUUUGUUUUCUCCCUAAAAUGAUUAAACAAUGCGCAAUUCUUAGCAAAUGCGCACUCAUUUCUCCCUGUAGAAAUAUAUCAAUGUCUUUUUCCUUUCAUAAAAAAAAAAAAUUCAUCACGCAAUUAUUUUUUAAAUUCUAAACAAAAAAUCUUAUUCACGGAUGGUAUUCGCAUAAAAUCUACUAUUCGAGUCCUAACUGAGAAAAUUCGUCAUUUUCGAUGUCACGAAUAUAUUUUUUUGUUUGAAAAUGAUUUUUAAAUGCGCGAUGUGUUCCCUCAAUGAAUUUCCCGCUCGACCUUGAUAUCUGAUUGAAAAAUUUCGAAUUAUCUUGAAUGUUAUUUUGAUUGUUAAUCAAAUGUAUCUUAAUCUCGUGAUUUAUUGUAUCGUGCUCGAAUAUGUUAAGUAUAUGUUAAUAUCUAGUGUGAAUAUUGAAUUAUAACGCGUGCACGACGAGAGAUAAUUGUGUCCGGUUUGUCCCUAUCCCUUUUCGGUAUUAAGGUACGAAUUAUCGAUUAUCGCGUGCGAAGAAAAUUCGGAUCAAAUUGCUACGAAUCUAUACUUAUAUAUUCACUUGCUGUGCGUUCGAGUAAGAUCUAAUUAUAUAAUAAUAUAUUCGUGGCGAAGAUGGUCUUGAGGAUACGUGUAUACAAUCGAACAACAAUGUUGUUAUUUGUUGUAUUCAAAUCGAGAUAUCUUACACUAAUCCGCGAUUACAGCAACAAUUUUCAUGAUAUUUUGAGUGAAUUUUCUUCGAGAUCAUUUUUUUUUAUAUUAUCGCGGAACAUCUCUUUCGCUUAUCCUUGCAUUAUUAUUAAAAGACUCGCGAUAAAAGUGAAGUCCCUAAUCUUCGAAUUACGUCAUGUAUAUAUGUUUUGCGUUUCAUUAUCAAGAUUAUUACUAAUUGCAACUGUUGUUCAAGGUAAAUUUAAAUCGUGUUCUUUAUAGCUGUAACGACAGGCGUGCGAAUUGAUUUAGAUUAGGUUUUAAGCUCAAAAGAAUCUCCUUAGCACGUUCCUAAGUAAAAAUUGCUUACAGCUUAGCUUUUAAUUUGUCAAACUUCCAUUCGCGUGUUAUAAAUCGUGGUAAGUAUACGUUUAACUAGGUAAUACCUAACAUAACGUCUCCAUCUUCCUUUCCCUCAUUCUUUUUCGUAAUUUUUAUCGAUCUACUAUACGUCUUAUUGAAAAGAAUCGAAAAGUAAGAACUGACCGAUAUUCACAGUUUUUUUUUCUUUUUUUUAUACUUAAAUUGUUUCAGAUGUCAGUCGUGCCUCUGAUAUUUCGCGAUUGGUGGGACGAUUUCGAACGACCGGUGUCCCGAUUGAUGGACCAACACUUCGGCAGAGGACUGAAUCGAGACGACUUGUUAUCACGGUUUUCCGAUAUCAGCUUCGAUAGACCUCUACGCUCGAUAUUUCGCGAUAGGUACUAUCAUCCGUGGAGAAAUGUGGCAUGUCAACCCUCGAGCGGAUCCAGCACGAUUCAACUCGACAAUAAGAACAACUUCCAGGUAAUACUGGACGUUCAACAAUUCUCACCGGAAGAAAUUACGGUGAAGACGGUCGGUAAUAAUGUUAUUGUCGAAGCAAAACACGAGGAGAGACAAGACGAGCACGGAUUUGUCAGCCGACAAUUCAUACGGAGAUACGUCUUGCCUCCAUCUCACGACGUGAUCAACAUUACCUCGAGUCUAUCUUCAGAUGGUGUUUUAACUAUCACGGCACCCAAAAAGGGAGAAACACCUAAUGGAGACGAACGAAUCAUUGAAAUCGUGAAAACUGGAGAACCAGCAGGUAAAUCGAUCAAAGUAGAAACGACUACAGAAGAAAAAUAAUAUGUAUUAUCUCCGAAAUUUAUUAAUCGAAUCUUUAUUUAAUUUAAAUAUGAUGCUUAUUAUUGUUAAUAUUUCAUAUUUCCGUAAUUUAAAGUAAUAUUUUAUACGAUAUUAAAAAUGAUAAAAAGUUUAAACAAUAUUAUAAUAAAUUGUUGUAUUGUAUUAUAAUAUUAUUAUAAAUAAUAUAAAAAAUUUUGUAAUUCAAAAAGUAUAUUUUUUUUAAUUACAUAAAUCAUUCAAUGUUCAACAUUA